UAAUGGACUGAAACCCUAGCUGUGGGCAGAAGUGAGGGAAGAAAGCCUCGUAAGCUCAUGGAAGCCAUUUUGGAUUCCCAGAUCAAAGCUUUUGUUUGUCCCACGUUAAGUCUUGUAUUCCCCUUCUCUCCCACCUUUCUUUUUUUUAAAAAAAGUCUCCGCUGCACCUAAUUAAAAGGAAUAGGUUCUACUCCUGCAUCACUCAAAUCUUAAAUCAGUUUGACUCUGUCUAAUUAUGGCAAAGUCAUCAAUCACAAUCACCAUAUUGUGCCUCGAGACUGGGAGACUUGUCGCGUGUUCCUUCAGACAGGAUAGUUUCCUUCCCUCUUUGGCUACACCAACCCCUCCUCCUGCUGCCCCAAAGGCCGAGAGCGAAAUGCAGCCAGUCUUUUCCUUUUCUGUUUUUUGCAAGAACCAUAAUAAAAAAAAAGCACCUCCCCGGAUAAAGCUGGCAUGUUCCCCUUGUUAAAAGUUUAUCCGCUGAGGCCUGGUUUGGGAGAGACUUUGUUAACCCUCCCUGUGCCAAAGCAAACGGGGCUCACUGGAGAAGAACGAAUGUGCGGCUAAGUGGCCUCGGGGUUGCCUGAGCAGCUGGGUCUUUCUUCAAAAGCUGAUAAAAAGUCCUGGUUGGCAAGGAAGCCCUCUCUCUCUCUCUCCCCCCCACUCUCCUAGCCUGUAGUCCGUGCUCGGCCUGACUUGGCCCUGCCAGCCUCAAUCUCGAGGCAGACAGAAAUAGCUUGGCACCAUGUGGCUUUUGAGUCACUCAGCAUCUCUGGACGGCAUCUGCUCCUUAAGGAUACCCAGGCAGAUUCUGCCCCGCAGGGCGCACAGCCGACGUCGCCUUCUUCUCCAGACGGGUCCUCCAGGCCGAGCUUGUGGCACGGGGACUGGGGAGCACGAAAACAGAAGUGGGUGUGUUUAAGAAAACCGGAGGAAGGGGCUGCUACAGAACGAGCCGUGCCGCCGGAUGGGUCCCCUGCUAGUCGUCGCUAUUCCGAACAUCCAGCCCUGUCAUCUUAGCCGAGUGUGAAGCAUAUGGGAGGACCAAGCGGGGAGGUGGAAUCGGGGGGCGUGGAAAGAGCCCCUUCUGCGCAGCUGCGUGCCGAGUCGCUUCGGAGUAAGGUGGGGAGCAGCCGUGGAGUCCCAGGGCCAGCCAAUGGGGUGGCUCAGUUAAAAGAGGAUGACCUGGAGGCUCUCGCUUGUGGACCGCAGUAUGCAGGAGACCCGGGGCUUGCGCUGGAGGAGAGCUGUGGGGGUCGUCUUCUGCUGCACCUGCCUGCGGAAGCGAGGCUCCCCAGGCGAGGGGCUCGCCUGCCCCCGUCAGAAGAGAAGUCGCAGCUUUGCUCCCUGCUACAAGGAGAACGUGGAAUCGGUUGCAUCAGGACUCCCACUUCUGGAAUGGAUCCACAGGGGAUCGCGCUUUGAUAUCCAGAGGCCAGGGAAAGAUAAUGACAUGGACCUGGGAACUCUCCAAAACAACAUCAACAGCACUUUGGACAACGUUUACGAGGAUGGCCUGGAAUCGGACCACAGUAGGCCCCUUUCAAACAGCAACCCUCUCUGCAACGGAGAACAGGCCAGUCUUCUGACCGGAGGCGAUGUUGUCAAGCGCUCUCAGCCUCUGCUCAUCCAAGCCAAUAGAAAGCUGAAAGAGGAGGAGGAGGAGCAGCAGCGUGCCUUAUCUUUGCCCUCCAUCCCAAACCCUUUCCCAGAACUCUGCAGCCCCUCCAACUCACCCAUCCUCAGCAACUCCUCCUUGGGACCAGGCUCACCGCGAGAAGGAGGCUCUCAUGUAGUGAAGGUCUACAGUGAAGAUGGCACUUGCCGCUCGCUGGAGGUCACAGCAGGGACCACGGCUCGUCAUGUCUGUGAGAUGCUCGUCCAGAAGACUCACGCUUUGCAUGAUGAGUGCUGGUCCCUAGUGGAGGUCUAUCAGCAUUUGGCCCUAGAGCGAUGCCUGGAAGAUCAUGAGUCGGUGGUGGAGGUUCAGGCCACGUGGCCUGUUGGGGGUGACAGCAGGUUUGUCUUCCGGAAGAACUACGCCAAAUACGAGCUGUUCAAGAGCUCGCCACAGUCGCUGUUCCCCGAAGCCAUGGUUUCCAGCUGCCUGGAUGCAGCCAACAAGGGCAUGUCCCAUUCAGAACUUAUACAGAAUGUGCUGAAUUCAGGAAGCUGCCCCGAAAUCCAAGGUUUCAUGCACCUGAAAGAAGUUGGACGCAAAGUAUGGAAAAGGUUUUACUUCUCCCUACGGCGCUCUGGGCUCUAUUACUCAACCAAAGGCACAUCAAAGGACCCUCGACAUCUACAGUAUUGUGUCGACAUAAACGAAUCCAAUAUCUACUACAUCACCCAAGGCAAAAAGCAGUACAGCACCCCCACAGAAUAUGGCUUUUGCAUCAAGCCAUGCAAGGCGCGAAGUGGGGCCAAAGGCCUGAAGCUCUUCUGCAGCGAAGACGAGCAAAGUCGCACCUGCUGGAUGGCUGCCUUCCGCCUCUUUAAGUAUGGCAUACAGCUCUACAGAAACUACCAGCAGUGUCAAGCACGGCAAAGAGAAACAGCGUGGAUCGGGCCUGUACCCCUGCGGAGCGUGUCGGAUAACACCUUGGUGGCCAUGGACUUCUCGGGUUGUACGGGCCGGGUGAUUGAGAAUCCCAACGAGGUCCUGUCGGUCGCGUUGGAGGAGGCUCAGGCGUGGAGGAAGAAGACGACGCACCGAUACAGCCUGCCUACCCCGUUCCAGAGCUCCUCGUUCAGUGCUGCCAUCCACAGAACCCAGCCAUGGUUCCACGGACACAUUUCUAGAGAAGACACCCAGCGCCUUAUCGUUCAGCAGGGACUGGUGGACGGGGUCUUCCUGCUGCGGGAGAGUCAGCGGAACCCCAAAGGUUUUGUCUUGUCCCUCUGCCACCUGCAGAAGGUGAAGCACUAUCUUAUCCUUCCGAGCGAGGAAGACGGACACCUCUACUACACCAUGGACGACGGCCAGACUCGCUUUGCUGACUUGAUCCAGCUGGUGGAAUUCCACCAGAUCAACCGCGGCAUCUUGCCUUGCAAGCUGAAGCACUACUGCACAAGCGUCACCUUAUGAUAGGCUGUCUUCCCAAGCGGCCUUUCCCUGUGCCCCACAGAUUGGCCACAGCCGGUGACAGGGAGAGGGGGUCUGGGGAGCAGGUCUUUUUUUGAACUCUGUACACCGGGAUCGACUCCGAACUUUGAAUUGCUCCUUAAUAAACUUCAGCUGCUGCAAGCGACCCGAUUCGAACCUUCCCAUUCCACCACCACACCGUCAUCGAAAGCCUCCGGAUUUUGAGCAGACUCAAGGAUGGAUUCGAGGUCGCAGCAAUUGCACUUCACUUCUUAAGAGAACACGGCUCUGUUGGUGGGCGGCUUCUGCCAUGAAAGGGAACUGGUGUCCGCCUGACAGCUGAGUGUCCCGCUCCACUACGGGGCUUUGUGUACAUCUCUGAUCCAGGGCUUGUUUUGGUACCGCACGCAAGAGAUUUAGCUGCUACUUCAGUUCUCCUGCCUCCUAAUGUGUUCUCCUUUUCUGGGAGUUGCCUUUCAGGUUUGUUGUGGGUUUUGCAUCGCUUCGAAAACCUGUUUGACCGGAGGCAACAGCAGGGGACAAAAGAAAUAUUGGAUGCACACGCCACGGGAAGCGAUGCCUCUUGCACGCUAACUUCCAGCUCUCUUUUAACAACAGCGACAGAGGUUUGCCUGCCUCCAGCACUAGAUUUUCUGGGAGCUCCCACACCUUUGUUAGGAAAAUUUUCUCUUCUUUUUCUCUGGUGCUUGGCAUCGCAGCUUAUUUAAAGCGGCAGUCUCCUCUUGGGAUGCGGGGCCCAUGGGCAGAAGGCUGGUGGAGAGUCAGGAGGGAAUCCAGCGACAGUAGCUGAAGAUGAAAAGGAAAAAGACCCUGAGAUUAGAGUUUUAUGUGCUGCCAACUGAGCUGUCCCCCCCCCCUCCAGCUGUUGUCCAGGCAAAAACCAAGCCUGCACUGGAACUUUUUAUAGCUCUACCAGAUUAGAAGAGGCACACAGGAUGGGUGGGUGGGUUAUUGGCAUCGCCCUGGAGGCUAUCCUUUCCCAGGGAUCUCUUCAGUCUGCAGUCCCAAGUGUCUUUCCGCACAGAAAAGCAGAGGAACACAGAUUUGAAGUUGCUUGGUUCUAGUCCUAGCUGCUCCCCCCACUCGAACACACAGGGAUAUUCCUUUCAGCACUCUCUCCGGACACCCAAUUCUGAAUACAUUUAAACCCAAAGAUCUCGCCACACAGACACACACACACCCCACCAGCAUUCUUAUUGGAUAUUUGGUGCAAUAUGGCCAAUACCACUGUGCUGUAAUCCCCGGCUCUCAUCCUCUCAAGCUGCUGGGUUUUGUCGUGAGUUGGCUUGUGCUAUUGCAUCUAAGCAUCACAGGCAAGGAAUCGAGGUAGGAAUAAUUGGUUUUCUCCCCUUACAAUAAAGGGUUUUUUAAAAACACCCUGGGAUGGGGAGGAGGAGAAGCAGGAAGGCUCUGCCACUAAUGUCGUGCAAAUCUAUAAGGCCAGUAUCUACUGUGAUGAGUUGUGUAUAUAUAUAUAAGUGAUGAUAAUAAAUUGUAUUUUUUUUUCAUACAUUUGCUUUGAUUUUGUACACAAGAUCAGUUGUGAGAAAAGAACAAGCUAAGAACAGCCAAUUAAAUGAAUAGCAAAGAUCACCCUGUAAAGAAUCAACAGAUUAUUUUAUCUCUUUAUUUAUCUAAGACACACAAAACUUCUUACUCAUAAAUAAAAGUUUAUGUUUGAUAA